GGCUCGCGGGGCAGAUCCUUGGGGACGUGUUGCUCCCGCUUCCAGGUCUCCGCUGCGUGUGUGCGCCCUGCACUUAGGGAUCCGUCCCUCACUGCCCUGGUACCCGCAAGCCUCUCGGCCCCUGACCUUCGCCCUGGGAGGUUCUGGCCAGGUGCCGGGAGGGACGCUGUGUCGAGGGCGAUCCCCCCAAAGCAGCGUCCCGUGCUAAAGGUACUGCUUAGGAUGAACAUGAUUUGGAGAAAUUCCAUUUCCUGUCUAAGGCUAGGAAAGGUGCCACACAGAUACCAAAGUGGUUACCACCCAGUGGCCCCUCUGGGAUCAAGGAUUUUAACUGACCCAGCCAAAGUUUUUGAACACAACAUGUGGGAUCACAUGCAGUGGUCUAAGGAAGAAGCAGCAGCAGCCAGAAAAAAAGUAAAGGAAAACUCAGCUGUGCGAGUCCUUCUCAAAGAGCAAGUUAAGUAUGAGAGAGAAGCUAGUAAAUACUGGGACACAUUUUACAAGAUUCAUAAGAAUAAGUUUUUCAAGGAUCGUAAUUGGCUGUUGAGGGAAUUUCCUGAAAUUCUUCCAGUUGAUCAAAAACCUGAAGAGAAGGCGAGAGAAUCAUCAUGGGAUCUUGUAAAUACGAGUGCUACAAAUUGUUUCUCAAGAAUGCACUGUCCUACUAUGCCUGAAGAAAAAAAUCAUUAUGAGAAAAGUUCUGGCUCUUCAGAAGGUCAAAGCAAAACAGAAUCUGAUUUUUCCAACCUAGAUGGAUUGUUUCCCGGUAGCAAUGCCACUUUCAGGAUACUAGAGGUUGGUUGUGGAGCUGGAAAUAGUGUGUUUCCAAUUUUGAACACUUUGCAGAACUCUCCAGAGUCCUUUCUGUAUUGUUGUGAUUUUGCUUCUGGAGCUGGGGAGCUCAUAAAGUCACACUCGUCCUACAGAGCAGCCCAGUGUUUUGCCUUUGUUCAUGAUGUAUGUGAUGAUGGCUUACCUUACCCUUUUCCAGAUGGGAUCCUGGAUGUCAUUCUCCUUGUCUUUGUGCUCUCUUCUAUUCAUCCUGACAGGAUGCAAGGUGUUGUAAACCGACUGUCCAAGUUACUGAAACCUGGGGGAAUGCUGUUAUUUCGAGACUAUGGAAGAUAUGAUAAGACUCAGCUUCGUUUUAAAAAGGAAUGUUGUUUAUCUGAAAAUUUUUAUGUUCGAGGAGAUGGUACCAGAGCAUAUUUCUUUACAAAAGGGGAAGUCCACAGUAUGUUUUGCAAAGCCAGUUUAGAUGAAAAGCAAAAUCUGGUUGAUCGCCGCUUACAAGUUAAUAGGAAAAAACAAGUGAAAAUGCACCGAGUGUGGGUUCAAGGCAAAUUCCAGAAACCAUUGCACCAGACUCAGAAUAGCUCCAAUAUGGUAUCUACACUCCUUUCUCAAGACUGAACUUUGUAACAUGUUAAGGUACAAAGCCAGAGGACUGCUAUUCAAGGACUACUAUAAGUCUUUCGUUUCUCAAAAGACAAUGAGAAAAAAAGAAGAGAAUUUGUGUUUCCUGCUGUUUUGUCAUAGGUGAGCUCCUUUGUACAUUUUAAGCACAUGUAAGUGGUUUGGCACAGUGUGCCUUUUUCUGUGCUUUGAAAACUUGAUAUGCCGAGCUUGUUUGAAUUUAUUACAUCUAACCAUUUUGCUUAUUUCUUGAAUUUUAUAAGCAUUCAAUUAAAUUAGUAUUAUGUCAGGUAAUUUUGAGAAAUCGUAACUUGACAUUUUUUGCAAGUAAAAAAAAUUGUUUGUUUGUUUGGGCUUAGAAAACCAGUUCCCAAACACAGUCUGACUCUUCCCAUUGUCAUCUGAUUGCAGAGAGAAAGCACACCUUGUUUCCAGGGAAAGCUACAACAAGCCCAAAGUCAAAGUGUAUUAUUUUUUGUCUUGUUGUUGUCUAUUUUCUCCCACUUUUUUUUCUUUAAUUCAGGGGCUGACACCUGAAAUCGAAUUUUAGUUCCUCUUUCCUUUCCUAAAAUUGGGGAAGUAUAACCCAUGCUAACAUUAUUUUCAGGCUAUUCUUAGAUGUACAUGUUGUUAGGCCAGGUGUAGUGGCUCACACUUGUAAUCCCAGCACUUUGGGAGAUUGAGGCAGGCAGAUCGCUUCAGGUCAGGAGUUCGAGACCAGCCUGGACAUGGCGAAACCCUGUCUCUACCAAAAAUACAAAAAUUAGCCAGGCAUAGUGGCACAUACCUGUGGUCCCAGCUACUCGGGAGACUGAUGUGGGAGGAUCACUUGAGCCUGGGAGGCAGAGGUUGCAGUGAGCUGAGAUUGUACCACUGCACUCCAAACUGAAUGACAGGGUAAGACCUCAUCUC